AUGUGGAAGUUUCUGUUUCUUCAUGAAACAACCGGGGUAGCCAUGGUCCCUUACCCAAACUCUCCCAAGUCCCCUUAUUUCCAUGACUGUCUGAAUUGGUUACUGGAUAAUCAGCUCGAUGAUGGGAAAGACCAAAUUAACAAAGGUUUACAUUAUAUUGAGUCAAAUUUUGCUUUGGUCACUAAGAAAAAUGAAGCAUCUCCAUCUGGUUUUGACAUCAUAUUCCCUGAUGUCAUUCAAAUGAGAGGGAAGCAUACUUGGCGUAUAUCUCAGAAUGACUUAGAAAUUUGUAUGACUGGACCAUGGUGA